AUGAUUGGUCGUCGUAUGCCGGCUCUCCAGCGAUAUGCUGUAAAUAUUGCACGUCAGCUUCGUAUUUUGUUAGGUGAUGUGAUUGUUGUGGAAGGGCCCGCCUUCGCAGAGUCAAUAUCUGAAGGAGAUAUACGAUGGAUCAAACAGAAAGGAGAUUUCGUCAACGAAGACGAGCUUGUUGCCGAGAUUGAGACCGAUAAGACCUCCGUGGAAGUGCCCGCUCCUCAAUCGGGAACAAUCGUUGAGCUUCUCGUAGAGGAUGGCGCAAAGGUCACUGCCAAACAGAAACUCUAUAAACUUGAGCCUGGUACAGCUGGAGCCAGUGCUCCUGCUAAGGAAGCUCCAAAGGCGGAGGAGUCGAAGCCAGCGCCGCCUCCUGCACAAGCUCCUCCUCCUCCCAAGCCAGCUCAAGAAGAAGCAGCUGCACCGCCACCACCACCACCGCCUCCAUCGCCAAGUGAAAUACCGAAAACGAUGCCACCGGUUUCGCGCCCGCCAUCUGCACCCAUGUCCUCGGUCCCUGUCGCCAGCAUCCCUGUACAACGUGUAACUGUACCCGCUGGUCUUUCCAAGGAUAUGGCCAUUACUGGUGCCAGGGAAGAGGUUCGUGUUAAAAUGAAUCGAAUGAGACAGCGCAUCGCUACCCGCCUGAAGGAUGCUCAGAAUACGUACGCGAUGCUCACGACUUUCAACGAAAUUGACAUGAGCAAUGUCAUCGAAAUGCGAGCGAAAUACCAGAAGGAGUUUAUGAAAAAGCAUGGGAUCAAGUUGGGUCUCAUGUCUCCAUUUGUCCGAGCAGCUGCUUAUGCCCUCACAGAAAAUCCGAUCGUUAAUGCAGUUAUCGACGAAAAUGAAAUCGUUUACCGACAUUUUGUGGAUAUGUCGAUUGCGGUAGCGACUCCUAGAGGAUUGGUUGUACCAGUUCUACGCAACGUUGAAACAAUGAACUAUGCUCAAAUAGAAAAGGAAUUAGCGUCGCUUGGUGAAAAGGCUCGUGAUAACAAACUUGCGGUUGAAGACAUGGAAGGUGGAACAUUCACGAUUUCCAAUGGCGGCGUUUUCGGUUCGGUAUUUGGUACUCCCAUAAUAAACCCUCCACAAAGUGCAAUAUUGGGUAUGCAUGGCAUAUUUGACAAACCUGUCGCCGUUGAUGGCAAGGUUGAAAUUCGCCCAAUCAUGAAGGUAGCUUUAACUUAUGAUCAUCGUUUGAUUGAUGGCCGAGAGGCAGUUACAUUCUUACGUAAAAUCAAAAGCUCAGUCGAGGACCCACGCACAAUUUUGAUGAACAUUUAA